AUGGGUCUCAUCCACUCAGAGGAAUUGGUUGAUGUUAGACUUCUAUCGCCCCGCAAGUGGUCAAGGAAUCCGUUAAAAGUAACAACUUGUGCGCUCUAUGCUAUUGUCCUUCUAGUUGUUAUUCUUUCCGGUGCCAGGGCCGCAAUGCUUUAUAAUUCUUUGCCAGCUGCGAGCAAAGCACUGGAGUAUCCUCUCCGCAAAUUGAAUCUGUUUGAGGAGAUGAAAAUUGCCCCGCCCCCGCUUUCUCCAACCAUACUCAAUGGUCUGCUAUACCACGAUGUUGGCAUUCACUUUCGUGUCGUAUUAUUUCUUCUCCUAGUACCUAUCGCUGUCCACAUCAUCACCAUUCUCAUAGAAUUCUGGGUGGUUGAGGUCAGAGCUGUUAUGUCGUUUUCCCUAGUCAAGAAUCCCCGCGACGCCUCAGUUAUCUUUGCUACCCCCAGAUGCGGAUCUGGCCAGCCAUGCUUUUUGACUAUGCAUCACGAAGUACAACAUACCGGAAAGAGUCCUGUCGCCACGUCACCAGAGGAUUUCAGUUAUGUGUCGUACUUCUAUUUCCAGCAAAUAAAGUACGUUUGGAUUGAUAAGGAAAAUAAAUUUAUUUCUGUGUCGGACGACCUUUCGUCCCAGCAGACAUCAUUAGAAGUACUCCUCAGAAGUGCGGACAAAGGCUUGUCAUCGGCGGAGCAUUCACAGGCAACAAUUCUGUACGGAGAAAAUAGACUUGCAGUUCCCCUCUUAACGCUUGGGCAUCUUUUCGUCGAGCACAUUCUAUCACCAUUUUUUAUGUUCCAACUUUUUACAUCGAUUCUCUGGUUGUUCGACGACUUUGCCGUAUAUUCAUUCUUCACAUCCGUUAUGCUUUUGUUUAUGGAGGGAGGAAACAUUCUUACCAAGUUCAAUCGCAUGAAGGAGUCUAGGAAAAUGAUAAGUAACCCCUGUCAGGUCGAGGUUCACCGUGAUUGCGAGUGGGUUGUCGCAUCAAGUACUUCGUUGGUUCCCGGAGACCUAGUUCGUUUCACAGUUGACAAUCUCCAGGCUGCAAUGGAACGUCAGUCUUCACAAGCGGAAAAGCAGAGAAAAAGUGCCCAAGAUACACAGCUAAAGCAGCUCGGUGUUCCUUCUAUCCAUAUCUUGCUGUCUAGAAUGGGGCGCAUGUUUCUCAGCGGUAGCUAUCCUACCGAGAACUAUGCUAUCAUGCAAAGGGAAAAGAAUAUUGGGUUUUCGACCCAGAUUCCGGCUGACUUGCUAAUUACAAAGAACGUGGCUGUGGUGGAUGAGAGUCUGCUUACGGGAGAAAGCGCUGUGCAAAUGAAAGACUCCAUCUGGGAGAGUGAUCUCCUUCUUAAUAAAACCUUGGAUGAUGCAAAAGAGAUACCAUUCAAUCAAGACAGGGAUGCGUCACACAUUCUCUAUGCCGGAACAACACUUGUGUCUGUCAGCUCAGAGCCUGUUGAGGCUGUCGUCUUGCGUACAGGCUUUGAAAUGAGCCAGGGCCAGCUUAUCAGGAAGAUACUUUUCGACACGGAGCGCACAAGUGCCACUACCAAGGAUGCUGUGCAGUUCCUCGUGAUCAUGUUUGUCAUUGCUUGUAUCGCCUCCAUCUACACCUUUGUAAGAGGGUAUGUGACUCAGAUUUGCCCCCUGAACAGACUUAUUCUAGAGAGUUUAAUAGUCUUUGUCUCUGUUAUUCCCCCCGAGCUUCCUAUGGAGGUUUCCAUGACGGUUUCCGCUUCACUUCAAGAGCUCCGCCGCUUAUUUAUAUACUGCACUGAGCCAUUCAAGAUCAUGAAUGCUGGAAAACUUCGUAUUUGUUGCUUUGAUAAGACAGGAACACUUUGCGAUUGCGAGGUGAAGGUGGUUGGCUUUAUAUCUAAUUCUGAAGACGACAGAGCAAACCACUUAGAGCGUAUAAUUUCUUCUGCUGAACUUGUAAAAAGGGCUAAUCGCUCUCUUGAGAAUAGGAGCUUUACUGGUGAUCUGGUGUCCCACCUUGUCUUGUCUUCGGCCCAGAGUCUUUUCGUUCAUCAUGAUAAACUUAUUGGUGACCCACUAGAACAAGCAAUCUAUGCAGAUGGUAAGAUUUAUAGCAUCCAGACCGACGGCGUUGUUUCUCUCGCAUUGACACAUCCGUGGCAGGUGACCGUAACCAGACGCUUUGCUCUCUCAAACCGACUGAAGCGAAUGAGCGUUGUAGCAACUGCAACAUGCAAUUCCAAAGCCAUCUCCAAAACUAUUGUGGCAACCAAGGGUGCGCCAGAGGUGAUCAAGGAGCUGUGCACCCCACAGUCUGUUCCCUACUGGCAUGAUGAUUGUCUUAACGAGCUGGCUGCACAGGGCUACCGGAUCCUUUCUUUUGCCUACAGAGAAUUGGAAUCUUCCGAUGAAACGCUGACACGAGCUAAUGCAGAAGACGGCCUCACCUUCCUGGGCUUUAUUGUUACAGAUUCAAAUCUAAAACCAGACACUAGGGAGGCUAUAGAGAUCAUCAAGGCAUCUGGCCACCGCUGCGCGGUGAUCUCAGGAGAUAAUGUUAUCAGUGUAGGAGUAGUGUCCAUCCGUUCGGGGAUACUACCAGCUAGCCGUCCGUUGUACAAUCUUGAAAGGUUCGACGAAUGCGCACAAACCUGCCUGUUUACAAGAUUAAAUAUUAGGACUCAUCACUCGGCACCUACUGAGUUUGACUUUCCUAGCGAGCUUGAAGUAACAGAGAAGAAUGUUAAAGCAAUAGCACGACAGUACUCAUUAGCUGUAACGAAUAAUUCCGCUUUUAUUGCCCUCUUAGCACACAGUAAGUGUGGUCCCAUGUUUAUUCCCCGCAUCCACGUGUUCGCUCGAAUGACCCCUGAACAGAAAGCUGACAUCAUUCGUGUCAUGCAAGGAACCGCUCCUACCCUAUUCUGCGGAGAUGGAUCGAAUGAUGUUGAAGGGCUCCGUUCAGCAGACGUUGGGGUUGCACUUUGGGAAGCAACAGACUACAAAGAGAAAAAAGCAGAGGCAGACCGGAUCGAGGCGUCUGCCAAGGAGUCUGCCAUAGUUCGCCAACAACGAAUUCAGGCAGCUGUGGCUCAAAUCCCCAAGCCAUCUAUACUGGGCCCUUCGGGAACUCCUGCGUCCCAGCAGCUCAUCUACACGGAGGCUCGUAGGCGCUCUGCAGAGAAGAAUACAAAGCUUACUGACGAGAUGCGCUAUCUCAUCUGGGAGCAAAAUAAGUACUGGUCAGAGGUACGGCGGGUAUCGAGAAGUGGGUCCACCUCCCUUGUGGACAAGAUCUUCGGUAUGUCCAACGAUGGAAUAAUGUCUGGCUGGAGUCAGGCCUUCGACAUUGAGGACGAAGGGAAAAGCUUACAACUUGGCGAUGCAGCAAUCGCAGCACCUUUCACAGCCAAGUCUGGAACCAUUGGGGGCGUCCUUGACAUUAUUCGUCAAGGGCGAUGUUCGCUUGUCACCCUUAUUAUGACCUAUAAGACCUUAGCUCUGAAGUGCAUCGUGGGGGCAUAUUCCAUGUCUGUGUUGACACUGGACGGCGUUCGGUACUCUGAGCAGCAGCUGAUGGCCAGUGGCGUAUCACAAAUGUUUAUUCUAUUCAACAUCAACAAAUCAAAACCUCUGAGAAGGAUUAGCCGCAUCCCAGCACCAGACAAUAUCAUAAGCGCAUAUGCCCUUGUGAGUCUUGCGCUGCAGGUCCUCGUCCACGUCCUUAUCAUGUCUUUGUUGGUCCACCUGCUUUCCACAGAGAAGACAACAGUGCCGUUUGAUGUCAAGUUCCAGCCGUCGCUUGUUAAUACCGUUGUAUUCCUUCUGGGCAUGUACCAGGAUCUAGCAAUCAAUGUCGUUAACUAUCCUGGAGAGCCGUACAUGCUUAGCCUGACGCAGUUCAAGAAGCUGUGGAGAGGCGUCAUCGUAUCCGUAGUGGCCACGCUGGUUCUUACCAUGCAGUGGCUUCCUGAGCUUAAUGAGGCGCUCGGUCUCAUCACGAUGGACGGUCAUGUGCAACGGACCGUGAUGACAUUUGGCCUACUCGAUGUGCUGCUAUGUCUCGGGAUUGAGAGGGCGUCAUUCCACAUUUUGGGACCAAAGCCCAUCAGUGAUGACGCUUAG